AUGAAGCCCACCGUUCAAGACGAGGAUAUGGAAGACGAUCUCGCGGCUGAGGAAGAAAACAAAUUGAUAAACGAGGAGUACAAAACAUGGAAAAAGAACGCACCAUACCUGUAUGACCUGGUCAUCACGCACGCACUCGAUUGGCCAAGUUUAACGUGUCAAUGGUUCCCCGACAAAGAAACACCAGCUAACAAACCCUACACCACCCACCGCCUCCUCCUUGGUACUCACACCUCCAACCAAGCCCAAGACUACCUCCAAAUCGCAACUGUCCAAAUACCCACACGCGACGGCCCUACCGCCGAGAAACUCGACCGCGACAACUACGACGAGCAACGGGGCGAACUUGGUGGACACACCAUUCCUCCCCAACCGCGCAUCCAAAUCAUUCAGAAAAUCAACCACGAUGGCGAGGUUAACCGCGCGCGCUAUAUGCCGCAGAACCCAGAUUUGAUCGCGACGAAGGCUAUCUCGGGUCAGGUGCUCAUUUUUGAUCGCACGAAGCAUUCGAGCGAGCCUGAGAGGGGUGGUGUUUGUAAGCCUGAUAUCAGAUUGGUUGGGCAGACGAAGGAGGGUUUCGGCUUGGCCUGGAGCCCAGCGAAGGAGGGACAUAUUCUGGGUGCUUCAGAAGAUAUGACUGUGUGCCACUGGGAUGUGAACUCUUAUACAAAGGGCAAAGCUACCAUUGAGCCGACAACUGUUUUCAAGGGUCACAACUCUGUUGUUGGGGACGUGGAUUGGCAUGCGACCAAAGAAAACGUAUUCGCUAGUGUGGGAGACGACAAGAUGCUUCUGCUCUGGGACACCCGAGCUCCAACUGAAGCUACAACAAAAAUACAAGCACACGACAGAGAAAUUUUGUCGUGCGCAUUCAGCCCAGGAUGCGAACAUCUCAUCAUCACUGGCAGUGCAGACAAGACUAUUGUGUUACACGAUAUCAGAGCACCUACUAAAAAGUUGCACACUUUUGAGUCACACACGGACGAAGUGCUCCACCUCGCAUGGUCUCCCCACUCCAAAUCAGUCUUUGCAUCUGCUUCAGGAGAUCGAAGGAUCAAUAUCUGGGACCUUUCUCAGAUUGGCGUGGAGCAGACACCAGAUGAUCAGGAAGAUGGACCUCCGGAGCUUAUGUUCAUUCACGGAGGUCACACCGCACGGCCUACAGACUUCUGCUGGGCGCCAGGAGAAGCCGAGAACUGGACUGCAUCUACCACUUCCGAAGAUAACGUGGUGAUGGUCUGGCAACCCACUAUGCGCAUUUGGGCCGGCGACGAAGUAAAGAUCGACGAAAAGGAACUCGAAGGCGACGCUAUGGAAGGCGUCGAAAUCACUCCUGAAGCCGGUCCUUCCAAGGCGGUGGGAGUUAGCGGAGCUACCAGUGCGCGUAGCCAAAGUAUGAGUAUCAGCGCGAGCGUUAGUAAUUCUGGUGUGGAUGUGGAGGCGGACGGUAGUUGA